AUGGCGUCAAUAACAGAAGCCUCCCUCCGCGAGGCCAUCACCCAGCGCCUCGGCGCAAUCCACGUCGAAGUCACCGACAUGUCCGGUGGCUGCGGCCAAGCAUUCACAUCUCUGAUCGUCUCCCCCCAGUUCCAGGACCUCAAGUCGCUUAAGCGGCACCGCCUCGUCAACACGGCGCUCAAGGACGAAAUCGCCGCCAUCCACGCUUGGACGGCCAAGUGCCAGACGCCGCAGGAGUGGGAGAAGGAGAAGGACACUGCGGCGCCGUCGCUGGAUGGUACGGUGGGGGGACACGUUGAGGGAACGUCCCAGUGA